AUGGAUAUAAGAACCGAAAUGAACAUAUCUGAAGACGAAACUCAGUCCUCAAACUGUUCUACACCUGCCACUAACCAACUCGAGGGCGUCUUACUGGACGGUCUGGAAGACAGUACAAAACUGGUGGGUGUUCAAGUGAUCUUGAUUUUGGCUUACAGCACCAUCAUCCUCUUUGGCGUGACCGGGAACUCCUUGGUCAUAUAUGUCGUGUACAAGUUUAGAAAUUUACACACGGUGACUAACUAUUUCAUUGUUAACCUGGCUGUAGCAGACUUGUUGGUCAACACACUGUGUUUGCCUUUCACUUUGAUGUACACGCUCUACGGAGAAUGGAAAUUCGGACAGGUGAUGUGUUACCUGUUGCCUUAUGCGCAAGGCUUAGCCGUCCACGUUUCCACCAUCACGCUCAAUGUUAUCGCGCUGGACAGAUACCGAAGCAUCGUCUACCACAUGGAAACCAAGAUGUCCAAAGACAUGUGCGUGGUCGUCAUCGUGAUCACAUGGGUGGCGAGCGCGAUCCUCGCCAGUCCUCUAGCUAUCUUCCGUGAAUAUGUGACCUUUGACCUAUCGCCUGAGCGGACGAUUCAGGGCUGUGCUGAGAAGUGGCCUGGAAGCAGUGCGGAUGGCACGGUCUACAGCAUCGCCAUGUUCUUCCUCCAGUACGGCCUGCCGUUGUCCAUCAUUUCCUUCGCGUACACUCGGAUCUGGAACAAGCUUCGGAAUCACGUCAGUCCCGGCGGAGGCCGGAGCGAUCGCCAUCAGCGCCGACAGAAGACCACGAAGAUGCUGGUGGCCGUAGUGGUGGUCUUCACCGUUAGCUGGUUGCCCUUUCACGCCUUUCAGCUUGCUGUGGAUAUCGACAGCAGCGUAUUAGAAAUGAAAGACUACCGAUUGCUCUACACGGCUUUCCAUGUUGUGGCCAUGUGCUCCACGUUUGCCAACCCCAUCCUGUACGGAUGGAUGAACAGCAACUAUAGAAGAUCCUUUCUGGCCGUGUUCAAGUGUGGAAGGUUGAGCAAUGGAAUGAGAAGGGUUUGUAGCAGCGAGACGGUAAGCGAGAAAUGCACACGCAGCAAGCAAAAUACAAUCAGUGUGGCCUUCAAACAAGAAAACACUCUUCUGUGA